AUGUUGAAGAGAAAACCAUCUAAUGCAUCUGAUAAGGAGAAAAGUCAAAAGCCAAAGCGCACAAGCAGCUUUGGAAACUUUGACCGUUUCAGGCACCACUUGAUAUCAAAGACAGAUGAUUCAACUGAGAUAUCUGAGCUGGAGACUGUAAGUGACAUUGGAGAAGCAGUACAAACCAAAGCAGCAAAUAAUGGAGGAAGUUUGAGUAAGAGGAUGAGAGCCAUUUCACUUACCAUGAAGAAAAAGAUGGGUAAAAAGUACAUCAAGGCACUCUCUGAGGAGAUGAAUGAAGAAGGAAAAGAUGACAGUGAUUCUGGUGGUGGCAUACACACUGAGAAGGCCUCCCUAAAACCCAGUGACUCUUUGGAAAGCCUCUAUAGUCUGAACAGUGGCCAGAGCUCAUCUAGUGGGGUGACCAGCUGCUCAGAUGGAACAAGCAACAGGGACAGCCUCCGGUUUGAUGACGAGGUCCCUUACAGUGGGCCCUUCUGUGGCCGAGCCAAAGUUCACACUGACUUCACACCAAGUCCUUAUGACACUGACUCUCUGAAAAUCAAGAAAGGAGACAUUAUAGAUAUCAUCUGUAAAACCCCCAUGGGCAUAUGGACAGGCAUGUUGAACAACAAAGUAGGAAACUUCAAGUUCAUUUACGUGGAUAUUAUCUUGGAAGAAGAAGCUGCACCCAGAAAGAUAAACCCACACAGAGGAAGAAAAAGGACCAAGCCUAAAACAUUGCAAGAGCUCCUGGAAUGUGUCCACCUGCAGGAAUAUGCCUCAACCCUCUUGUUAAAUGGCUAUGAAUCUCUAGAGGACUUAAAGGAUCUACAGGAAAGCCACCUGAUUGAAUUAAACAUUUUGAACCCAGAAGACAGGGCAAGAUUGCUAUCAGCAAUUGAAAAUCUACAGGACUGUGACACUGAACAACAGCAGAAAAGUGAGGAUGGUCAGGAGACACAGAGCAUAAGCCCUCAUCAUGGCUUUGACAAAUCACAGUUAAAUGACUGUCCAAGAGAUUCUGGCUGUUACAUCUCAUCAGAAAAUUCAGAUAAUGGUAAAGAAGAAGCAGACCCGGAAGCCCUGUCUGACAUGGUGCAGUCGAUAGCAAUCACUGAGUGAAACUGAUUCAGUCUUGCUGCUUUUCUGCAGAUUUUCAGAAAAGACAUCCAGAAUUGUCAGUGUGAUGGCACAGAAGCAGAACACAAAAUUUUAUCAACACUGAAAAUCUACUUUUGUCUGAUGCAUGAUGCUCUAGACUGUUUACUAUGUGGACAUUUGA